ACAUGGGGAGCAAGUGCACAGUGACUCCUGUUGUUGAUUUUACAAUUGACAGUCUUAUUUAUGACAUGACCCCAGGGACUCUUAAGUGCGGAUGGAAGGCAGUGUUGAUAUUAUUCGUGUCAUGUAAAUGGAAAACAACUUAGGAGAACUAAAAGCCACUUAAAAUCCCCAACUCUAGCCCAUCUAUCCUCUUGCUGUCUUGUGAAAGAUGCAGAUACAGACAUUAGCAGGGCAGGGCAGGUCCAGAGAGAUGGUCUCUAACUGGAAAUCUGCCCCCUGGUUCUCCAGAAGGAAGCCAGGGCAACUCCCACACCAGCUUCUGCAGAACGAUGACCCUCAGAUCAAAAGCUUCCUGGUUUUCUCGCUAUUGGCUGACACUGCUCAUAAAAUGUAAUUUGCUGUUUCGCUUUUCUCUUAAAUGAGCCAGUUGAAUUGGUUGGUGGAGAAAAGCAGGAGAGACAGAGAAGACAGAAGACUAGGCAGCUGGAAGGCAGAAAACGUCAGCAUGGAGAGAAAACUCAUGUCCAAGCCUCUGUCCAGCUCCAUAUCAGAAAUGGAACCAAAUAGCACCCUGAGCAGUUACAACAGUAGCAAGGACUGCAUGAUUGAUAACUUCAAGCAAGAAUUUUACCCAGUCAUAUACUUGAUAAUAUUUGUCUUGGGAGCCUUGGGAAAUGGCUUUUCCAUAUAUAUUUUCCUGCAGCCUUAUAAGAAAUCCACGUCUGUGAAUGUUUUCAUGCUAAACCUGGCCAUUUCAGAUCUCCUAUUCACAAGUACACUGCCCUUCAGGGCUGACUAUUAUCUUAGGGGCUCCCACUGGGUAUUUGGAGACCUGGCCUGCAGGAUUAUGUCCUACUCCUUGUACGUCAACAUGUAUAGCAGCAUUUACUUCCUGACGGUGCUGAGUAUCGUGCGUUUCCUAGCCACUGUUCACCCUUUCCGGCUUCUCCACAUCACCAGCAUCAGGAGUGCCUGGAUAUUGUGUGGCGUCAUUUGGAUUCUCAUCAUGGCUUCCUCGAUCGUGCUUCUGGGUACUGGCUCUGAGCACAAGGGCAACGUCACAUCCUGCUUUGAGCUGAAUCCUGGUAAGAUCAACAAACUGCAGACCAUGAACCACAUAGCCUUGGUGGUGGGCUUCUUGCUGCCGUUGUGCACCCUCAGUGUCUGUUACCUGCUCAUUGUUCGAGCCCUAUUGAAGGUGGAGCUCCCAGAAUCAGGGCUGCGGCUUUCUCACAAGAAGGCACUGAUCACCAUCAUCAUAGCCUUGAUCCUCUUCCUCCUGUGUUUCCUGCCCUACCACGCACUGAGGACCCUGCACCUGCUCACGUGGGAAGUGGGGAAGUGCCAAGAAACAUUGCACAAAGCCGUGGUCAUCACACUGGUCUUGGCAGCUGCCAACAGCUGCCUCAAUCCUCUGCUCUACUACUUUGCUGGGGAGAACUUUAAGGACCGACUAAGGGCUGUGCUCAGAAAAGGUCAUUCCCAGGAGGCAGAGACAAAGUUCAGCUUUCCUGUUUGUGUGUGGCUGAGAAAGGAAGCAAAGGUGUAAUGAGUUACUGGGUGAUGCCUGCUCAUGCACCAUUGUGUCCACCUCCAUGCACUUGACAUCUCCAAAUGACCUGGUGUUUACAGCCUUCCCAACAAACAUCCAAUCCCAACAUGAACUUGACCAUGACUUUUGUUGAUAAGACCUACUUCAAAGUGUCAUUAGGUAUAUUUUCAGUGGUUUGGGUCUGAUGAGGGAUACAGGAAGGAAAAGUCCUACAAGUCUUGCUCCCUGAAAUGUCAGAUUGGGAAAAAGUGCCAGGAACAGUAGGUCCUGCUUUUCAUCAGAUCCUGUACCAGAUCUCUGGCCCUUCGAGCCUUCUACAUUCGCAACCUGAAGGCAUACUCUAUAUCCAGGGUUCUCCCACUCCCCUUCCCUCCUCAACCCCUUGAGAUACAGCCAAAUAAGAAGCCCCUGGAGGCCCCAGUGCAGAUAAAAUGUGCUUCCUAAGAAUACAGGGACAGACUUCGACUAUGAAAAGAAAGGCUGCCCUAGAACAAAGCAAGCCAAGGCCCCAAACAAGGACAAUGAGAGGGAAAGGGUAGAAGGAUUGAGGCAAGAGAAAGCUGGUUGAUUGUAAGUAGGGGAAGGAGGACUUCCAUUUGGCUCUGGAAGGUAAGAAUGUUCCCUUUGCCACUCUUUUGUCUGAGGAACAGAAGGGAUAGGAGGAGUAGAAGACAGACCAGGGCAUUUAUCUAGGACCGGAAUAGGGAAUAGCUGGCCCUGCCAAAGCAAACACAAGCAAGACUCAAAAUUCAUUAAAUCUCUAGCAGGCUAAUUUUCCAGUUGAUCAUUUUGUAUGGUCCUUGAAUGAUGUUAGAAAUAUUCAAAUGGCCCUUGGCAAAAGUGUUUCCCCACCCUGCCGUAGGGCAUGGAGGCAUUGUGUGUGGAGCAUGGGAGAUGGAGGGUCGAGGAUGCACAUUGCCAUUCUGCUUUCAGAUUUGGGUUUGGACUGACUUUGCUGCAGUUCUCACUCUUGCCAGUUAAUCAUUUGUGAUGGGGGUCCAGAAGGCUCUAAGGGUUUGGGUUGGGCACAACAGGAAAGGGUAGGAAGGAGAACAAGUUACAAAGGUUGUUGUACUUCUAUAAACAUUUUGAGUAGUAUGAUGAUACCUUCCCUUUUGAUAGAAUGUAGAAAAGCAAUAGGUAGUGGGAGGAGAUCUUUUUGUGCACUGUCACAAGGAUAAGGACACCUCCAACCACCAACACCAUGACAUUAGAUUAAAUCAAGAGGGAGGACAACAUGGCAUAGGAGAAAGGGGAAGAGAAUUCUCAGAUGUUAGUGUGUAGCAGGGUCACACAGGUUGGAGCAGGAAUCCAAAAGGACUGUAGGAGGAUGUCUCCAAGGAAAAUAAGAAAAUACUUGAUUUGCACACCUUCAGAGUGAUUUAUAUUUCUUUUGGAGAGUUCGUGAUGAACUAGUGAUCAACACAGAAAAGUAAGCAACUGAAAAUUUAAUGCAGUUAUCAGAUACAAAAGAAAAAGAAAUUGCUGUAUAACAGGGAACAUUUAACCAUACACACUAAAUGGAUGAGCUGUGAAUAAUAUUUACAGAGAAUAAUGUCAACAGGGAAACACUAUAAUAUUUUUCAGAAAAUGAGGGGAGGAGAUUGUGUUGAGGGAGAGGUGUAAGAAACCUAAGUUCCCAUCUUCCAUCAUCAAUAACGCAUAACUAAAGCUGGGAUGAUGCAGAGUUACACGGGCAAGUAUGUAGCAAUAGGAGGAAAACACCAGAAGAAGUAGCAAAAAGAGUGGACAGAGAUUGCCUCUGGAGAGGAAGCAGGGAUGGGAAGAUAGGAUGCAGACUCUCUUUUCCCUUUUAGAGAUGUUUAGCUGUCAACCUUGUAUUGCUGAAGUUAAAUAAAAAUUCAGUUAAAGCUAAAAUCAGCUAAAAUUCAAAUUAGUAGACCAGGAUAAGUACCUGGCUUCUGCCAUCGGAUCAGCGCGGUGCGCCAGCCGCAGCGCACUGGCUGCGCCGGCCAUUGGAGGGUGAACCAACGGCAAAAGGAAGACCUUUCUCUCUGUCUCUCAAUCUCACUGUCCACUCUGCCUGUCAAAAAAUAAAAAAUAAAUAAAUAAGUAAAAAAAAAAAAACACACACAAAGGUGCUGGUGCUGUGGCAUAAUCGGUUAAGUCACUGCCCAUAGGCUCAGCUGCUCCACUUCUGAUCCAACUUCAUGCUAAUGACCUGGGAAAGCAGUGGAAGAUGGCCCAAAUCCUUGGGCCCCUGCACCUACAUGGAAGACAUGGAAGAAGCUCCUGGCUCCUGGCUUCGGCCUGGCCCAGCUCCAGCUAUUGCAGCCAUUUAGGGAGUGAACCAGCAGAUGGAAGAUUUCUCUUUCUCUCUGCCUCUGCCUCUGCCUCUCCUUCUCCCUCUAUGUAACUCUGCCUUUCAAAUAAAUAAAUAAAU